AGUUCUAUUCGAGCAUUCGCUUCGUUUGAACGCGCUCGCUUCUAAUUCUCUUCUCGUCUCUGAGCUAAUACUACUGGUGCAUCGAAUAAUUAUCGUCUUAACAAAUUUUGACACACUUUGGAAAUGCGCAGUCAAGUGUUAAGUUUUUGCAUUGCCAUAUUGUUAAUUGUGUGCCUCAUGUAGAGGGCAAUUGGCAACUGGCAAUUGGAGCAUCAAUCUGGGAAUUAUGCCUUGGCAAGCCUUACUAUAUCUGAGGCCACAUCGGACAGAGAAUGACGGUAAACACGCUAAAGAGUACGCCGCAAAGGAUACGCCAAAUUGGCGAAAGCUUGCAGAUGCUCACCAAAGAGGCGCAUCGCGAGGUGAUGCGCUGUGAAUAUAUAGUAAUAUGUCUCAUGGUGCUUGUGGCCACUUUCUCCAUUAUCUGGAGCGUUUCAUUGCACUUGUUGUCCGGUGAUUUCUACGAUGGAUUCAUCAGUGCCAAAAUUAUGUUUAAGGAACGCGACCACAUCGAUAAUAGAAGCAACGAAAUUGGCAAUAAGUAUUUUGAAAAAGUGGGACAGCUUUUGUAUGUCUCGAAAGAAGCACUGCAAUCGCCGGAGAUCGAAAGCCCAACACAAAAGUCAAAAUACAAAAUCGCACAUAUCUAUGAGCCAAAAGAAAGUGAUCUGCGACUGACGCAUCUUAUCAGCGAUCACGAACCGAAGUUGAAUGCACUGCAACAAACAACAACCACAAGCGAACCACCCAAUAAUGUGUUCAAUGCCGAAGCGGAUCGAAAGUUUCUAAAUAAAUCCAUCGAUAUUCAUGCCACACGCUGGAGUCACGGACUUGGUGCACAAUUUGUCUACGCCUUUCCGCUGAUUUCGGAGGUGGUGGCCAUCAUUUGGACGGCAAUGUGCAUCAUCUUCCAAACGGGCAACAAGAAAACAUCAGUACUGCCCAAGCCGUGGCGCAUUGUUGUGCCUUCGAUUUUGAUCUUUACGCUGAUGAGUCUGCUCAGUGCCUGCUAUACGAUAUUAACCGAUGCUUACUUGAAGCGCCUGUGCCUCAAUUUGCGUCAGGGUCUUAGCAAUCCCUUGGCCAUUAGCUGUGGUGAUGCAAUUGCCGUGUUGCGACCCUAUAUGCACGAGCACAGUGUCUCGCAUGAUGCGUACCUGGAUAUCUUCCGGUUUAGCUAUGUGAUCAGCAUGACCCUGUGGAUCUUGGCACUGCUGGUGAUGGUGUUGCGCUGUGCCUUUGCCGUCGAUUUCCAGCUGGUUGACAUCGAUGAUAUGUUCGAUGGCCGUCGAGCUCACAUGCAGCCUAUUCAGCCAGUUUAUACGGAGGUGCUGCAGACGAGCCCACAGCACAAGCAGCAGGCGAGACCCAAAUCCGAGGAGGAUUACCAAAGCGCCAAGUCGCGUCUUAGUGAUUUAGCUGUGCCGCUGCUCGAGCUGAAGGCCCCGGAACAACAGCAAACGGAACAGCAACAGCAAAUGCACUUAACAACUGUGGCUUAGGUCUUCACUGUGCCUCUACAGAAAUCUCAGGUUUAUUUUUAUAUAUUUAGUGUAAAGCAGAAACUACAUCAAAAUAUUAUUUCGAACAAAAUUCAAUGAUAUUAUUUAAGUGUAAG